AUGGCACCAGGCGCAUCACCGACCCCCCCAGCUCCGGCUGACGCUGCUUCGCCGAAACCCGCAAAAGCAGUUGUCAAUGAUCCAGCUCGAACCGGCUUCGACCCACAGAUGAAAUGGUGGAUGAACUACUUCCGAAUUCUGUCCGGCCAGAUGACGCCCGAGGGUCUCUUCCACUACCGCGAAUGGCGAUACAAGGUCCAUGAGGAACGUGACUGCAAGCGCUGCGACGAGUAUCGCGACUGGCUCUUUGCAUACUCGCCCGCCAUCCGCUUCUUGUCCGGCAAGAUCCAAGAUCUUAACGGCAAACUAGACGCCUCAAACGUGCUGUGCCGCCGGUGUCCGGCGCGGCUGGAGGAGGAUGGCCAGGUGCAUCGCCAGUCGGGAGGCUUUAGCCCCAAUCACGGCAUCCUGAUUUGCGCAAACGAGAUUCGCGACCGCAAACACUUGGAAGAUACGCUGGCGCAUGAGAUGGUGCAUGCGUGGGACCAUCUUAGGUGGCAGGUAGACUGGAUGGGAGAUAAGGACUUGAAGCAUGCUGCAUGCACAGAGAUUCGUGCAUCGAUGCUCAGCGGAGAAUGUCGCUGGAGCAGAGAAUUCUUCACCCGAGGCAACUGGGCUCUGACCCAGCAAUUCCAGAACUGCGUUCGUGCAAGGGCCAUUCGAUCAGUCAUGGCCCGACCGAGAUGUAAAGACGAUGUGCAAGCGACAAAAGUGGUCAACGAAGUCUGGGACUCGUGUUUCUCGGACACCAGACCCUUUGAUGAGGUGUAUAGGUGA